GGGGAAACAAGCGGGAAAAGUGGCGUUGCCUCGACUAGGGUUUUUCGUCGUUGCCCGUAUCGAGCUGGGAAUUCUAUGGACUGUACGCGCCGACAUUAUAGAUAGAAAAUGAAUCCGAUUGGAUAGCGUGGCCACGAAGGCCACAUCCGGCAGCAGCACUGCAGUAUUGGUCGAUCCCGCUACAGCAACAGCGAAGUUGGUCGAAUUUCCUAUAUAUUAUUGAUAAAUAGCUCGCGUUGCUCGUGUGUGACUUUUACCAAAAUCAACGUCGGUAUUUGUGUUUGAAGAGGGAAGGCCUGUGUAACGCCGGGAUCACGUACACACCGACACCGAGAACGAGGCGCAUUAAACGGUUAGGAGCUGGGAACGCGCGUUUCUCGUAACCGAAGAAUCAGCCGAAAGGGAUUAUCGUGCAUUGGGUGUGACGGACAUUUAUAUCCGUGUGGUGUUGCAUGCGAGUCGUGUCGUGUUGCGUAGCGCGCAAGAACGCUCGAUUAUUCGUGGAUCGUCACGGGUGUAUGUGCGAUUAUGUCGAGCGCCCCCGACCCGAGUACACGAUCAUCAGUGCUUUCGGCCGAGGAUACAAAUCUUGCGCGUCAUUAUGCAAUAGACGUUCGCCCGACGGGAAAGAAGAACUCUGCCGUCACCGUUGUGGACGAGGACGGCGGUGGUGUUGUGCGGCAUGUUUUUAUCUUUGUUUUCGAAUCCGGUGCCACGACGAGGAAACGCUUACGCCGCCGCCACCGCCGCCGCCGCUGCCGCUGCUCCUGCUGCUGCUGCUGCUGCUGUUUUCUAAAAUUCGAGACACGAGUAAUCACGUGGGAAUGCGUCAACCGAUGCGAGCAUACCUGUUAUUAAUCUCCGCAACAUGUACAUUCGGUAGUGAUAUGUAGUGUAACUAUGUGCCACGCUCCAUAUCAUAGUGCCGACCGCGAAUUUCUACCCACGAGCAAGAAGCUCUCCUAUCGUCCGGACGCCUUUCCCUCUUCGCCUCUCACGCCGCAUAUUUUUCUCGCUGUUGUUCUUCUCACUUCGUCCCCGGUACUCGCCAGCGAAGUGUACAAAGAGAUCGCCGCCUCUAAAGCGUCGUACCACCGUCGCGUCUCGACGCAUCCCGAUUUCUUAAUAACGCGUUGUUAUCGUUCGCCGGCAGCCGCUUACCGCCCCGGCUUCGACCCGCUCCACGCACGAAGAUCGCCGCUCGAAAAUAGUGAUCCGAUACCGGAACGUAUCAUCGUGGGAAGAACAGCCUCGCCUAUCUGACGUUCUCCGGUUCGGCUUACUUUCGCGUGUUUGGAUGUUGACCCACCGAGAAAUCGUUCCAUCGAAUAUGCUUCCUUUCCGCGGGCAAACGAUACGAGGCUAAUUAACGUUCAGGAGUUGGUUCAAGGCAUACAAAUGAAGAAAUUAAGUAAACUGGAGGACGCUGCUGGAACGACAUAGUACACGGUGUGUCGAAUGAGAUAAAGGCGCGUAGGUAAAGGAGAAGAGCAAAGAAAAGAAAUCGGAUCGGAGGGUAACAAGAGAUAUAAUACAGGAACCAGGACACUAAACUAGUGAUGGAUGAAUGGGAGUGAGCACGGCAUAUGUGAAGUGCAGGUGUGGGUGCGAACGCACGUGGGAGCCUCUGGAUGUCGAGGCCGCAGCACUGGCAGCGUCAGUGGCAGUGAUGGCCCCUGCUCUGACGGAAGGCGGUCCUCAAAAGCCUGAAACAUUGCUCCCAUCCCUUCCAGCUGGCGGAUUUCUUUCCCCAGAGCAGGCUACGCAGGUGUGCCAGAAUCGCGAAAUUCUGGCGAAAUUCGUCGUCUCCGCGAACGUGCAACCAUCGAAGAUCGAUGAACAGUGCUUACACGGUAUAUCGAAGGACCUCAUCCGCGAUGUCAUCAAUUCGAAGUAUGCCAACGAUCUUGAUAGCUUGUCCACGUUUACGCACGGAUCUGACUUGAUCGCGAAGAAGGCAUUAAUCAAACAGGACUGCGAACAACCGGAGGUUCCGGCCAGUCCAGAAAAAAAGUUGACCGAUACUAUAAUGAACGACCCAUCUAUGGGUGAUCAAGCGGACAAUAUGGGUUUCUUAAAAUCAAGCGCAGACUUGCCUUUGGUAGGCUCAGAAGCAACGGGAGACAAUAAGAAUCUGGACGUAGAUCAGAUAAUGGCCUUCGGCACCGACAUAAAUACCGACAACGAGCAAUCCAACAUGGGCAACGUCGGCGACAUCGGACAGAACGUCGAGGAGAUCCUCCAGGUGAUCAAGUCGAUCGAGGGAAACAUAUCCGCCGGUAGCAACGAACCGGAACCGGUCCAAAGCGCCGUAGAUAGCGUCGAGAUGUUCUCGAUGCCCGAAGAAGGGUUUUCGUCCUUCGAACGGGAUCUAUUGGACGUCGACGUGAUGAGCAUCUGUAACAUCGCCGACGCGGUCGACCAGCAGAAGGUGAACACGUUGAAAUUGCAACAGGACCUUGUUGCUCAGAAACAGCACGAGAGUGAGAGGAAGUGUGCAUUUUUAUUGAGAAGACUGAGGAAACUUCAGGCGAGAUUGAUCGGCAGGCACGUCGCGGAGGAGAAUACCGGGGUCCUCGAGCUUGCCCAUCACGGGGUGAAGAAAUAUCUUUUUCAAGAACUGGUCAACAUUGGUUCUAAGUCGAACGUUAGGAACUUUCCUGGUAUCAGCAGUAGUUUGAGUUCGUUUUUGCAAAAGAUUGAGAAAAUGUGUGUUGCCCAGAGCAACAGCGUGAAUCGUCAACGAUUAUGUUGCCGAUACUUCGGUGAUGGAUCGCGCGAUAGUUUGGGUGGCGCUUCUGGCAACAAUGGAAGCCGUCAGCCGGUGUUCAGCACGCCUCAAGUUAAAGUUAAGGGUGAAGAGAUAGAGAACGUGGCUGGACCUUUGGCCACCCAGUUGCACGUUGUCGAAUCGAAUUUAGACUCCGAUUGUACCGCGUCUAGUAGUGGUGGAGAGAGUUGUGAUGAAAUGCAAUCGUUCAACAAUCCGCAUCAACAACAUGUAUCUAUAUCGAAAAGAGCAGCGUGGAGGUACGCCCAAGAUCGGGCGGGUGUAGCAGCGAGGUGGACGUGGUUGCAAGCACAAAUAUCAGACUUGGAGUAUAGGAUUAGACAGCAUAACGAAUUGCAACGACACAUUAGAGCUAACAAAGGACUAUUUAUACUCGAAAACGCGGAAACGGUGAACGGGUACAGCGGUGUGUUGCCGGGUUCCACGGGGCGUUACAAUUCGCCGGAAGGUGAAUUGCCGGCCAGUAGAACUCGACCGUUUGUCUGGAGUUUUUAUAGAAAGAGAAAACUGUUGCAACUAGACAAGUUACACGAAGUCUCGAAACGCGCGGCAAAAGCGUCAACAGUGAGAUGUAACUGUGAUCAUGUACUACCACCGUGUGCUCUGUGCACCGGAAGGUCGGAUCCGACGCAACCGCAGGAACCGAUCGAACAAAUGUCCGUGCAGGAAAGGGUUGCGCUCGUAGAUCCUUCCUUUCAUCCUGUCCUGUCGUUCCCCGAUGAAAUUACACAGGGGACACAUCUCGAGGCUAUUAUGAAGUCGUCGGAAUGGCAGCAAAAGAUGUUAAGGGGAAACCUACGAAUCACACGCUUAAAAGAUAAAGACACCAAUGAACGAAGAAAUAAAAAACUUCCAGGACACAGAGCGAAAUAUGCGGCCCGGUUAAAAAAAUCGUCCUCGAGUAUUCUUACCGCAAGAAUUAAGAAGAAAAUGCUGAAGGAAAAGAGAAACAGGCUCGGUCACGAUAGAAGCGUCCACGGUUUAAACAGAAAGAGGGUACAGAAACUAACGACUGAAGAUGAUGACGAUAUUAGUGCCCUUUCCAGCUCUAGUAAGCAUUCGUCUCCAGUGCCUUCUCCGUUACACCACACUGCUGCUUCUACAGAGAAGAACACUGUUAAAGAAAAGAGUGCCACCUCUCACGCGAGGCUGAGGCAAAACUCAUACGAUAUCGACAAUAUAGUUAUACCGUACAGUGUAGCUGCUGCAACUAGGCUCGAAAAAUUACAAUACAAAGAAAUACUAACACCGAAGUGGAGGUUAUGCGAUGAGCCUUCGAAAUUGGACAUUAAAAACGGUGUUAUGCACAGGCCUAGUCAAGACAGUGAUUUCGAAGAUAUGUCGGAUGAAACUAUUGCUUUGAGACACGAGCGUAGCGAAAGGGAAGAAAACAAGCGGUUUAUGACGUACAUGAGUAUGCCGCAUCAGUCGCGUAUUCGGCAUAAUCGAAGGACAGACAGCCGAGCGGACAGCGGCGCGAACACGCCAGAUCCCAUGUCUCCGCAUGCGAGCGAUUUCGGCGGGGACACGAUGUCUCCCAUCACGUCUCCGCCCGCGACUCCGCAGAUCCAAGACCCGGAGCACCAACACAAUUCGGACCACGCGCAUCGAUCGUCUGCGCUGCAAAACGCUUUGCGACGUCGUGCCACGCCUACGUUCAGAGUAGCGAAGGACGAGACGAAUAUCUCGGUAAAUGAAGAUGAAAACGAGAUUUUGCCGUACGAACCGAGGGUAUUCCCAUUAUCCGAGGAGGUUUAUGACAAAAUGUUGGAAGCUAUGCCGGACGGGCAUUGGCAGGCCUCGUCGGCGUCUCUUUGCUCCCGCGACGAAGAAAAGCCGGAUGAUGAUGGGGAAAUGGAUUCUCCGGAAUCAGAUUCGACAGAAUCAGCUUGUUGUGACAUAGAGGGUGAGGAUCCCAAUGAUCCUGAAUGGACAGUAGCUGACGAUAGGGAUACUGAAAAGGAACGAAUACGUCCGACGGCUAAGAGAUAG